AUGGACAACUAUCGAAAGUACCACAUAAUAGCGGGUGAACAGCGCACCAGGAUAUGUUACACUGUGAUACAUGGAAUUAAGGUGCUAUUUUUUGCCGCUUUCUAUCACGACGCAUUUGCGAACUUCCAAGGUGAGCUGGCAAUCCUAAGAGCAAUUGCCAUUACUUUGGCGUCAUCAAAUAUUCUUGGUUGGUUUUUUAUCUGCCAUGCACUGCUGAGUAAAAACAUAUACCAGAUGAAAGUGUUCAAUCUCAUAUUGUCACUCGAAUUCUUCCUAAUAAUAACGCUGAUACUAGAUGAAUUGGAGAACAUUAGCUACCCGGAAGUUUUUGUCAUCUUGCCAAUCCCUACCUUGACUGGUCUGGAAAUCAUUUACAAUUGCUUGGUUAUCAAAUCAGCAGGACCGGAGUUUUCUUGA